UAUUAAAUGCUCAAAGAUUUUGGAUUGGAGGCUUAAUAUCCGAGCAGGAAGGGAACAAAAAAAAUGUAAUUUGCCACUAAGACCCAAAUUCGCCUCCCAUAUAAGAUAUAAUAACUGAGACUGAAGCUCAGCAACAGUAAUAAAGUUUACUCACAGAGUCACAGUCAUAGUGACUCUUCUCCGACGUCGUUUAAAGUUCUCCGAUACCCAUUGAGUCCCGCCGGAGCUCUGAAGCCGGAAACAUAACUGUGACUCUAAUCCGAUUAAGGUUCAGGGUAAGCUUUCCUUGACAUAUAUACCUCUGUCAGCUUGCUAUGGCAGCCUCUGAAACUGCCCCGCCUCUGGAUAUCUUAGUUCGAGGCCCGGAAGGGUUCUCGCUCUGGAAUGGGCCCCCAUUUAGCAAUGGGCAACCUGGUAUCAAGCUUGAAAACAUUUCCUGCACAAGUACAAAAUUCAGUGAAGAUGGAUCGAGGCUGAUGGUGAUGAAAUCUGAUUCAGUAAUUAGCAUAUAUGAUUGCAGCAGCUACAGGGAGAUCAGAUCUUUUCAAAUCCCCAAUGUUGCUGCAGCUGCCUUGUCCCCACGUGGGACUUAUGUGCAAACUUUUCAAAAAUCAUCAACACCACAAGAGAAGAAUGUCAUCUUAUGGAACACCGAGACUGGUGAUCCUGUUUAUCAACAAUUCCAAAAGAACAUGACAAAAGCUACAUGGCCCUCAAUUAGAUUCAGCUCUGAUGAAGCUGUUGUAUGUCGACUGGCAACAAAUGAGAUACAAUUUUUGGAUGCUGGAGAUUUCUCUAAACCAUUUAUAUAUCGGCUAAGAGUUCCUGGAGUGGCUGCAUUUGAGCUUUCUAAGGCACCUGGCUCCCAUGUGGCCGCAUUUGUUCCAGAAUCCAAGGGGAUUCCUGCCAGUGUCCAGAUAUUUUCUUGUGCAAAAGCUGUACAGAGUCAAUCUCUUGCUCGACGGAGUUUCUUCCGAUGUUCAUCAGUGCAACUGAAUUGGAAUAAUGGCUCAACCGGGCUUUUAGUUGUGGUGCAGUCAGAUGUUGAUAAAACCAAUCAGAGUUACUAUGGGGAAUCAAAGCUCAACUACCUGACAACAGAUGGGACCCAUGAAGGACUUGUACCUCUUCGUAUGUUCCAACUUCAAUAG